AUGCCACCAGUGACAAGUGGAGUGCAUAAAGCUCAGGCACAAUUGGCCGAAUCGUCAGAUAGUACCAGCUCAUCAGAAACUGAUGAUAAUACGGCAACAGCGCAUCCGGUUGCUAAAACGAAGCCACUGGCUCCAUCAGCAACAAAACUAGCUGCGAAACUGGUUUCGAAGGCUGCAAAACCCGCCAUGGAGAGUUCUGAGUCUAGCAGUAGUUCUGAAGAUGAUUCAAAAGAAAAGAACAAGAAAAUGUCGUUGCUGUCAGGUGGGGAAGUAUCCCAACCAAAAGUUCAAACAAAGUUCCCCGGUACGAAGGUCACCGCCGUGGCUGAAGCCUCAAAAUUGCGCGACAGCUCGACUACAUCUGGUAGCGAUGAUUUGGAUGAUGACGCAUUUCUGAAAACUAGCUUCCUGCAAAAGAAUGACGGUUCCAGCAGUUCUGAUUCUACCGAGGAUGGCGACGUGAAAACACCGUCGACAACGAAGCAAGUACAGAAAGACCGCUCGUUUGAGUCUCCAUUGUGCAAGUCUACGCCGUCUGCUGUGAAAAAAUCUGAUUCCAGUGGUUCCAGUUCCAGUUCAUCUGAUGACGAUGAUGACGAAGAGGAGGCUAUUCCAAAACCUGCCAAAAGCGAAGCAGCGAACGACAAACAGAGCAGAAAAGCGGGAGGGAAGUCUGUGCCAUCGAUAUCGACUACAAGAAAGCAGUCAUCUCAGCGAAAGACUGCUCCUCCUGCAGAGACGGAAUCCUCUUCAGACUCUGACAGUUCUUCGAAUGGCGUGAACGUCGUUGCGAAGCCGCAAACUCCCUCCAAACAGACAGCGGUGGUUAAGAAGUCAGCGGUAGUAACCCAUUCUUCAAAGCGUCAGAGUACCUCAGAAAGUGAAACUUCUUCGGAAUCGGAGAAGGAGCAGAAAGCAGAGGUUUCGAAAGGAAAGCAAAACGUUGCAAUUACCAAGGCUUCCAGUUCUUCGUCGACGGACGAUAGUGACAUGGAAGAGAAUGAACUUCCUCCUCAGAACGAGACAUCCAGAAAGAGCGAACCAUUCCGACGUGUCGCCAUAAGCAAAGAAGAUUUGAAGCCGGAAUUUCGGGACAAUUCAUACUUAGCAAAGGUAAAUGUAUUUCAAUGUCUGUUAUAAGA